CACAAAAUGGAACAUCGUAUCUUACCAUAUGACUUUGACAGAAAAUUAUCUGGUGAUCAACAAAAAUAAUCCAAAAUAUAAAUAAAUUAAAUAAUUGAUAUGAAUAAUAAAGUGUUUCAGCAUGGGGAGAAUUGAAUAUUAUGUUCAAAAAGUUGUAGAUUACACUUCAAGAUAUAAUUAUUCUAAUAGUUUCUAUUAUUCUCCUAAUAAUGUUAUAGGUAAAUACGAACAUUAUCCUGCUUAUGGAGAUUUUCCCGAAGCUUAUUGUUUGAGACAUUAUGGUAAUUGGUUGAAAUGUAGUGAGAAGCUUCAGCCAAAUUACAGACCUCAGGAUUACGAUCCUUUGGGAGCUCAAGAUUAUAUUAUCGUCCAAUUUGAAGGUGCUGUUCUUCCAAAAGAUAUAUGUGUAUAUGAAGUAUUUAAUCCUGGAGCAGUAGUUAGAAUUUGGGGUAAAUUAUUAUUUAGGACUGAUAGACCGUGGAUAUUAUUAUGGGAAGGCGCACCGGAAAAACUACCUCAUAAUGCUAGAAAAUUUCAUCCUAAAAUUCGAGAAGUCAAUUACUUAAUAAAUACAAUUCGUUUGGAAUUUAACCAAAGCCAUUUAGAAUAUCAUUAUUCUAUUGAAGCUAUUCUUUUGGGAGGGUAUAAACCUGCUUCGCAAAUAGAGAAAGCUAUAAUGUCGAGAGGUAUAAGUUCUGUUCAAAUAGUGGAACUUGAAGCAUCAAAAAUGAAUAUUUCAAGUGCAGACGAACAGAACAACAGAUUAGAUUGUUUUUCAUAUUUACCGAAUGAAGUUAUUUUACAUAUUUUCCAAUAUUUGGAUUUGAAAUCUUUAAGUAGAUGUUCGAGAGUUAAUAAAAGAUGGAAUUUUAUAACUUCAGACGCUAUUUUGUAUCAAAAUUUAAAUUUAAAGCCAUAUUGGCACCUUGUUAACUGUGAUACUAUAAAGUGUUUUAUGGAUAAAUCAAAGACGUUGAAAAAAUUAGAUUUGUCUUGGUGUGGUAAUGAUAUCGAUGGUUUCGAUCAACUUGUCGCAAUAUUCAUCGGAACGAAUCAGAAAUUUCUCACUCACUUAUCUUUAGCGAACUGCAAUUUUUUAAAUUGUCAGAUCAUGUUGGAAACGUCCAAGUGUGGAGAACUAGUAGAUCUAAGAUUGAAUAAUGUCAAAUCGUGUUUCACCAUUAACUUCUCGUUAUUGACUAGCUUGAAUAAGUUGGUUUGUUUGGAUCUUACCUCGACCAAUAUUCACGAUUGUCACGUUAUAUCGAUACUUAAAUCGAACCCGCAUCUAUCUGUUAUUAUUUUAGAUUUAUGCGAAAAUAUCCAACGGUUAGAUCAAGUUGUCGAUACUGCUGUUGAAUAUAAUAAGAAAUUGUCGACAUGGAGUUCUUGGAAAACGUUUUCUUUGACUGCCGAAGGUGUAAAGCAAUUGAGCAAUUGUCAUAAUUUGACCGAAUUAGAUCUUGGUUGGUGUUUCGUUAACAAAGAUCCUGGGAAUUGUUUGAAUUAUAUCGCCGAGGGAUGUCCGAAAUUGAAAAGAUUGAUAUUAUCAGAAUGGAGAGGACUUACGGACAAUUUGAUAGCACCGAUUUUGAAAUCUUGUAAAGAACUGACUCAAUUAGAUUUCCUCGGUAUCAAAAAUAUCUCUAGUCAGAUUUGCGAAAAAGCCCUAAUGUCUUUACCGAAACUUCAAUUGCUAGAUUUGUAUUAUUGCGAUUCCAUAUCGAUGGAAGAGGUGAAUCUUUGGAGACAGAAAUAUCCUCACGUAAUUAUUAAGGUAUUUAACGAGUGCGAUUAAAAAUUUAUUUGUUGUUAAUUAAAAUGUGUUUAAUUAAAGUGUUGAGUUGAAAUACA